AUGACAGCACUUGCUCAAAUUUCCAUCAAUUUCCUAGCCUUAAAUACACCACACAAUGCUUUGUACAGAAAACCAAACUUUAUUGGGCUAAAACUACGUCGACCCAUCUGUUGUUACACUCAUUUAAGUACAAGAAAUGUAUCAUUUUGGAACAAGUUAAGAGCUUUUAAGGAGAAAUCCUCGUUCUUGAAAGUUAAGAGGGCUAAAAAUGGGAGUUUGGAGAGAUGGGGUGGUGAGAAGAGAAUGAUUGUUGUGAAUUUCAAACAAGGGCUUGGAUUUGAUGGAAUUGGUGAUGGUGGUGGUGGUGGUGGUGGUGGUGGGAGGGAUAAUAUUCUCGCUGUUUGCAAAGUGCUUCAACCUAAAGGACUAGUAUAUUACAGUUUCUUUCAUAGUGCAGUCAAUCUAUGUAUUGCUGCUUUGCAUGUAUUAACAAUGAUUAUAUUGUCAAUUAACAGUAGUCAUCCAUUUCCUGGCUUCCAGCUCCUUGCAGUUCUACUACCAAUUGUAGGUUUGGGAGCUUUUAUUUGGUGGGCUGGACGAGAUAUAGUUCAAGGCACUUGCCCAAACUGUGGGAAUGAUUUUCAAAUUUUCAGGUCUACUUUAAAUGAUGAGGUUCAACUUUGCCCUUUCUGUACUCAACCAUUCUCAGUUGUUGGUGAUGAGUUCGUGAGAGACCCAGUAAAGUUCUCCAACCAGUCAACUACAUUUGGUCAAGCAUUCAGUGAUUUCAGUGCUCGUUCAAAGAAAGGUAAGGAUUCCACUAUCGGAAUUGUUGAUGUUGAAGCAGAAGUUAAGGACGCGGAGUAGGCAGUGGUCUCCAGUGAUACACUGGCAUAUGAAAUCAUCAUUAGGAUUUAUGGGAAUGCAGCAGCUGAUGGGAAGAAGAGAAGUGUUCAGUAAGCACUAUCAUUUGUCAUGAAAUUCCGAAGAACACGACAUUCAACAUAGCUUACCAUGAACAUGACUUACAGUCGCAAACACAUAGUAAACAUAUUAUAGAAUGCUGCUGAUUAUGUUAGUGAAAGUGGUGAUACCACCAUACUUGCUUGUAGUUGCCCCAUAGUAUACCAUAGCAUACAAUAACAUGCAUUCGUCAUCCCCAUGGAUUGGUAUUUUGUAAGAACACGUUCUUCCUUCUCAUCAGGUGAGGUGUCGAGUGGCACUUGUUAAUGUAACUCAAAUGUAUAUCAUAGAACAAUAAUUUCUUAGACGGUUUUCAUUCUUUAAAUCUUCGACUCCAAGUUGCAAGGUGUUGAUUGUAUUA